AUGUCCCGGAACAUCCAUCCGCAGCAGCUACAACAGCAAAAUCAGCCUCAAAACUUCCAACAACAGAAUCAACAACCCUAUACAUACUAUACGACCACCGAAUACUACAACAACCUAGAGCAGGUGCACCGCAAGCAAGAGGGAGACUUCAGCACCGAUUACGUUUCGGAUAGUGAUGGUUGCUAUUCAGAUCAUCAGACGCAACAGUACGUCCAACUUGGAGACGCGUAUGACACGAAUCAGGUCGUACCUGGGCACACUGGGGCACAAGCGGGCGAUCCUGGGAUUUACGGGAGCCAAGCUGGAACGAAGCCUCACAAGAGACCUCACACGCUGAUCGCCGUCGCCGCCGACAAUUACCCGCAGUACUACGAUGUAGCUGCGUUUCAGCAGUACCCCCGGAACUAUCACAAUCCCACCACCUGUCCUCUGGCAUCCCUGUCCCAGCAGAUAUCAUCACUGGCCCAGCAGCGGGCAUUCUCGGGACCACAACCACCCUUGAUCACCGUUUCCCAGCCUGAGACCACGUACAGCUUCGGGGACGUACCGGAUGUCCGACAACAUCAGUACCAGACCGUGCGGCGACCGCAGAAGUCUCAGAAUGCGACGGCGAAGCAGAGUGGUGGUAUCAAGAAGUAUCCUAUCACAGUCCAGACACCAAAGUGAGUACCUAA